UCCGGUUAUCGUCGUCCUCGUACGCGCGAGAGAGCCGCCGCUUUUCGCGCUCCGUCUCCGCCUCAACCGGACGGAGCCGGAGCGACGCUCGCGCGCUCGGAGUCAGCGAGGAGGAUAGCCGAAUCGAGCCGAGCCGAGUCGAGCCGAGCCGCGUCGGAACCGAACGAGAGGAGCGCGCGCGCCGUAUCUCAGUGACGCUUUGCGUGUGCGUCACCGCAUGUCACGAGUGCGUGCAUCGUGCGCCACGCCGCACCGUACCACACCACAUACGCCACGCCACGCCACGCCGCGCCGCGCCGCGCCAUAAUAUCGUGCCGGAUCGCGCCGCGUCGAGCAAUUUUUUUCCCUUCUUCUUUCCGGUGCCCCGGUGGCUUUCGACACUUCGCGCUCUCCGUGCCGGGCCUUUGGACUCUCGCGAAGAUCGGCGAUCACGCCCGAACUCUCUAUCAGCGAUAAUGUGAUCUGCCGCGUCGUGACGUUGGAGCUUGUGGCGAGGAAGGAAUAUCGGAAAAGUGCGCUGGCCGUCGAAGUGCUCCGUAAAAAUAGCGUGCCGUUGACGCGCGGCGGUACCACGACUUCUCGCACGGAUAUCUGGAAUUUUCUCGCUUCUAUCACGGUGGUGAUUACAGUAAGCUGUGAUAAUAGUGCUAACGCUUGAGUGAUUUUGUUAAUCGAGUGGUUUCGUCUGACUGCAAGAUUGUCAUUAUGUAAUAGAGAGAGAGACAUCUGAGUCACACAUAGAUACAGACAUACACAUGUUUACAAUUCUCUGAGCUUUACCCAGUCAUCAUCUACUUGCAUUAAACCGCGGUAAUCCACGAGAUUGCAAGCCUCCCUGCGUAUCUAUCCGCUUUAUUGUCUACAACAUUACGAACAUUGCAAAAAGAGGCGAUACAGCGCCGGUGCUCAAUAAAGCUUUAUUCCUCUGUCUACAAAAAAAAAAAAAGCCUGUACACGUGCCGCUUGUUUGCUUAUCGAUACAUGUGAUUGUAAAAUUGAGAAAAAAAAGAAGUGUGGAGGAAGAAAGAGGGAAUCGACUGAGUUAUGGUUCUGGGUUCUGUGUGAUCUGCUCUGUUCAGCGAUAAUCGUCGCAGUGCUUGACGCCUUAAAAAGAAAAACACGCGUCUUCUUCUUCGACAGAAACUAAAUCCUCUGUGCAACGUCAGCGACCGGUUUGGCUGUUGAAUCGAUGUUGAAGGCUUAUCAACGACCGAUACGUUAUCUACGAAGGAUCGUCUUGAGAAGACGGGAUCGGAAGGGAGAGCCCAAGAGGAAACAACGGCGAGCAAUUCCCGUCUUCGUUCCCACGUGAGAGAUCCCCUCGAUGAUGGACGAUCGAGAGAGUCCGUUUGUGCGAACGCAGGCCAGCAGAAGCCUGAUUCGGCCGCAGGCAGGCGCGCGAAAGUUCCUAACGCCGCCGUCGCCCGCGGAAAGGGUGGUGCGUCAAUUGGUAAAUCGACAGACCGCCGACGAAUCGGAAGCGAUGAACCGGAUGGGCAUGCCGAAACGGCUGUCGGCGCCGCACGCACCCUUGGAGGGCCUGAAGCAGUGGGAACUGAUCGAGGGUGACAGGGGUCUGCAAGUGGUUGAGAAGCGGACCGGUGGCUUGAGUCCGAUCAGGCCCAAGGAGAUGGUGGUCCCAGCCGCGAGUCCGGUCUACAGUCGCGCUCCGGUGUCCGUAAAGAGGCUUCUCAGCGACACGAAUGUGGACGCGAAUCUGGAGAAGUUGAGGGCCUUCAACGAGUCGAAGAUUAUCCAACCGCUCGGGCCUCCGUUUGUCCAACAGCAGCGGACAACGGAAUCACCGGCGCCAUUCACCCCGCAAUCGGCGGAGCCCAAGGCGCCGCUUAGUCUCGAUUUGAUUCUGAAGCAACAGCGAACAGCACCGGCGAAACCGGCGGUCGAAAGUACCGACAUGUUGCAACGAUUGGAGCAGCAAGUCAAGGCCAUUGAGAUGGGCACGAUCGCCGCGAGGACACGUCAGCUGGAGAACAGCUUGAACUUUGGAGGGGAAGUCCAGCUUAGAUACCGGGAGCACGAGGAUCUGCUGCGAAACGUCACCGACGACGAGGCCGAGGGGGCCUCGCUGUUGCAACGUGGGGACGCGACGCGGAAUUCCACCGGAAACGCCGGCAUCGCUCCAAAGAAGCCCACCGUUAAGUUGUCCAGGACCGCCUCGGACACGCGACGCGGACAAGAAGUCGAGAUGAGGCCGCAGUCCAGGAUGCCGCAAACUCGCGCGAUCGUCCGACCGAUAGUUCCUAAGAAGGAUCAUCAGCAACCGCAACAGGAGAACAACGCCGUGGCCGUCCCGCUCAGGCCGUUGUCAGACAUGCAGAAGGGUAUUCCGAGCGAGAAGGAGACGGGGGAUGGCGUAGGGGUGUCGAGUAGCGGAGGUCGGCUCUCCUCGAGGAGUCGAACCUCCGAAGAACCUCAUAUCGGCAAGUACAAAUUACUGAAGACCAUUGGCAAAGGCAACUUUGCCAAAGUGAAGCUUGCUAAACAUGUACCCACGGGGAAAGAAGUAGCCAUCAAGAUCAUCGAUAAGACUCAAUUAAAUCCCGGUAGUCUUCAGAAGCUGUUCCGAGAAGUCAGGAUAAUGAAGAUGCUCGACCAUCCAAACAUAGUGAAAUUGUUCCAAGUGAUCGAGACUGAAAAGACACUGUACCUGGUAAUGGAGUAUGCCAGCGGCGGCGAGGUUUUUGACUACCUGGUCCUGCACGGGCGUAUGAAGGAGAAAGAAGCAAGAGCGAAGUUCAGGCAGAUAGUUUCUGCUGUGCAAUACUGCCAUCAAAAGAAGAUCAUUCACAGAGACUUAAAAGCCGAAAAUCUGUUGCUCGAUAGUGAAAUGAAUAUCAAGAUUGCCGAUUUCGGUUUUAGCAAUGAAUUUACACCCGGUAACAAAUUAGACACGUUUUGUGGUUCGCCACCGUACGCCGCGCCGGAACUUUUUCAAGGAAAGAAAUACGACGGUCCGGAAGUGGAUGUGUGGUCGUUAGGUGUAAUUCUGUACACAUUGGUAUCCGGCUCACUGCCUUUCGAUGGUUCGACGUUGAGGGAAUUGAGGGAGAGAGUCUUAAGAGGGAAAUAUAGGAUUCCGUUUUAUAUGUCCACCGACUGCGAAAAUCUUCUCAAGAAAUUUUUGGUGCUCAAUCCAACGAAAAGAGCCUCAUUAGAGAACAUAAUGAAGGAUAAGUGGAUGAAUAUGGGAUACGAGGACGACGAAUUAAAGCCGUACUUAGAGCCUGAACCAGAUUACAGAGAUCACAAGAGGAUAGGUGAGUCUGCCAAGGCCCUAGCCAGUCUGGGAUACACUCGAAGUGAAAUAGAAGAUUCUUUAGGACAAGCGAAAUAUGACGAUGUAUUCGCCACUUACUUGCUCUUAGGCAGAAAAACGACAGAUCCUGAAAGUGAUGGAUCACGAUCAGGUAGUUCAUUGUCGCUGCGUAACAUUCCACCUCAAGUCAGUUCAGGUGGUGGAGGAGGAAGCAGCGGAGGAACAGGUGGCGCAGUACAGAGUCCAUCUCACAGAGGUGUUCACAGAAGCAUUUCUGCUAGCAAUCCAAAACCCAGUAGACGGGCCUCGUCUGGUGGUGAAACUCUUCGACCUAGUCCAGGUAAUGCAACGAAUCACAAUCAUGCAACUGCGGUAACUGGUGGCGCAACUGUGACUGGAAGCGGUGGUAGUAAUUUUAAACGACAAAAUACUGUGGACGCAGCCACGAUCAAGGAAAAUAGUGCUCGUGUUUCUGCAAGUCGGCCCUCUGCUAAAAACAGUCAAUCGCCUGCGCAAAUAGAUACUAUGACGAUGUUCAUUCUAGGCGUGGGUACAAGUCCUGGUGGUAAAACACGGGUAGGCAAGAGCAACACAAUGAACGCAGGGGUAGGUGGUGGUCGGCCUCUUACCUCACCUGCUCCUGGUUCUGUUGGUCGACGUAGUACCAUCUCCUAUGAUCAAGCGAAAACAUCAUCAUCAUCUACUGAAAGAACCAACGAAGUAUCCAGUUUUGUGCACAGCCUGGGCGAGGGCACUAGACCAACGCGGGGUCACACCAAGUCUGCGAGCAUCAGCGCAAGUCACCGUUCCUCAAGUGGCGUACCCCCCAGCGACCAUUCACUGCUGGACCCUCAACCACGCAACGCCCACAACUCCUUACUCGCCACUGCUGACCCCCUUAGGCAGAGUUUGGGUGUAUGUACGAGCAACAGACUGGCCACAACCACUACGCCAGCAUUUCCACGGAAUGUUCCGAGUCGCAGCACGUUCCAUUCUGGCCAAAAUAGAGCACAGCGAAAUCACACUCAGGGUCACACACAAACACAGGACACAAAUGCAAUUAGUCCUCUAGCAAGGCCGUCUUUCUUCUCGAAAUUGUCCUCGAAAUUCUCCAAACGCCCCAUGGACCCAUCCGUACCCCCCAAGCACCCAGUAGUGAGCGGAGCUACCACUAACGACGAACAGGUCAAGCCACGCAGUCUACGCUUCACGUGGAGUAUGAAGACUACCAGUAGUCGAGAUCCUAACGAAAUAAUGUCCGAAAUCCGAAAGGUGUUGGACGCCAAUAAAUGCCAGUACGAGCAACGCGAGCGGUUCCUGUUGCUGUGCGCGCACGGCGAGGCGGCGACGGACAGCCAAGUGCAGUGGGAGAUCGAGGUCUGUAAGCUGCCUCGACUUUCCCUGAACGGGGUGCGGUUCAAGCGUAUCUCCGGCACGUCGAUCGGUUUUAAAAAUAUCGCCAGCAAAAUCGCGAACGAGCUCAAGCUGUGACUGUCGGCCACGGGCGCCCUAGCUGCCAAUCGCGCCAACCCAUAACGACCUCGUGAGCGUAGCCACCAAGUGGCGGUGGUCACCGAGGAGUUUUACUCUUGUUUCUUCUUCUGGGACUCCGACUCCGAAUCCGAUACCCAAGAAAUAUUCGUUUAAACGCGAUUCCUCCGUCCCGGUCGACGAGCACGGUCAUCGUCAGGUGAGAGGAAAGGGAAAAAAGAUGAAGGAGAGAAAAAAAAGAGAGGAGGAGGAGGAGGAGGAGGCUCGUCUUCGUCGUCUCCUCCGCAUUUGGAGGUGGCGCUAUUAACGAUCCGUUGAGGGAAGUCCGAAACUGUGAUCUGUGACGGCUAAUACGUAUUCAAAUACUCCCGAGUGCCAAAAUGAAGAACUAGAUCGGGUCCUCGUAACGCCUCGCGAGCGAGAAGAAAGAGAGGGAGAGAGAGAGAGAGAACGAAAGAUGGGAGAGACGGACCAGAUCAACUGUACAAAGAAGUUGGCAUUAGACACAAUAAUCUAUGUUUAUUAGUUUCGAAUUUCUGUUAUCGAUAACAGGGAAACGUGUAUCCGAGCGAAAAUAAUCAAUUGUGCUUAUGUUGAUCUGCCUUUUCGAUAGUUUAUCACAUCAUGAAACAUCGUUUCAUUUCCAAACAGUAUUAUAUGUUUUGUGUUAUCCUUGACGUUGAAGACAUUCAAGUUGCUAUGUCUUUGGAGCGUGAAACACCAUUCUGUCAUAAGACGCUGAAGAAUUAAAGUAGAAUCGAUUCAAUCGGAUUGUUAAAUGUGCCUAAUAAAACACUCUCUCUCGCGUCUGUGUUUUUUUUUUAUUUUUUUUAUGGCAACAGCGUUCCAAUGAAACGAUGCGACUACACAGAAAAUUAGAAGAAUGGCAAUGCGUCUGCAACGUCAAAGGGUUUCUCUAUGACUUCCUGUUUUCCGAUCUUUAGUCAUAUAUAUAAAAUUUUAUGAGCGGAUUUUACUGUAAACAAUAUUACAAAUUUAUAGAAUCUAUCGAGGGAUAUGCGUUACAUUCUGUACCGAUAAGAAUCUAUCAUCAUUUAUGACACAUUAGCGCCGUAAACGAAUAAUGAAUUGAAUUAUUUUAAUGUUGCACAGUGUGCAGCCAUUUACUUUUUUUGAACAUUUUUAUGAUACUUUACCUUUUUUAUUUAGUAGUAUAAGUUUGAAAAUACGCAGCACUAUAAACAUUAGCCAAUUAUGAUUAAAACAUGUAAUAAUAAUUAUCAAUAUUUUUAUUUCUCUAUCAUAGAACAACAAGAAUAUAUACAUAGUAUACACAAUGCUAUAAAGGUAGAAGCAGAGAAAUUAACAUAAUUUAGGAAUAUCGUCGAGUUAUGGCUCGUGUUUUAUGUGAAUACACAAGUAUUUCAUCAUCCUCAAAAUUGGAAUUAUAAAUCUAAAUCCUACAUCAAUAAUAACAAGAUCUGUUAUUUCUACGAGAGAUAUGAUAAUAUUAAAUUUAAGUAUUAUAAUUGGCUAUAUUAUACUACUUAAUCCUUUUAUUCACAAGUAUUUGCAGUUGAAUGAAAUAAAAUUAGGGAUUAAACUGUAGAAGCGAACUAGAGACUUGGUGUAUAUAGUAUAUAUUACGAAGGUACUAAAGUUAAUGAAGGAAGAGGAGAGAAAAAGAGGGAGAGAGAGAAACCUCACACACCAAAAUCAUAAAAUACACUUCGGAACUCAAGUAUCGCAAACUUUUUAUAUUUGCCUAAGAUUAAUGAAGUAUGUUACUAAAAUAGGCAAUGACUAAUUUAUUUACAUACUAUAAACUCAAUGAUUUUUCACAUUUCUAACACUUGCUACACUGAGAAAUACAGAGUAACUCAGCGCGUCAACACGACGUACGAUCGCGGCACGUCGUGUUGCGAAUCGUAAAAACGCUGAUAGCAACUAAGUAUCGGCGCCAAUUGUCCGUUACCGAACAUCUUGACAAAAAUUCUAAGUAAAUGAUUAACUCAGCACUGGCAUCGGGACUUACCUUCUUUGUGCAUAACCAUACCAGUUUCGUGUCGAAUUACUCCAUGUAAACCAUUAAGCAAGAUAGUGUAAUAUAACGAUAUAGU